AUGAACGAGUUUAUCACCCUCAUAGUUUUAUGGGCAGAACUAGAACCAAAUGAAAAGUUUGCUGCUGCUUCUGUGUCCAUUCCUCCUCUGAGUUAUGAUGCAUUCCUAAUACCUGCCAGUACUGUGAGGAUAACUGUUCUUCCAGAUGGGAGCCUCAGAAUCCUGAAUUCCACCAAAUCCGAUGAGGGAAGAUAUGUAUGCCGAGGCGAAAAUGUAUUUGGUUCUGCAGAAAUAGUUGCUUCAGUGUUUGUUAAAGAGCCUACCAAGAUAGACCUGUCUCCCAAAAGGACCGAGCUGACAGUGGGAGAGAGCAUUGUCCUCAGCUGCAAGGCCAUUCAUGACCCCACCUUAGAUGUCAUGUUCCACUGGAUUCUGAAUGGGCAGCCUAUCGAUUUUGAGAAAGAAGGAGGACACUUUGAAAGCAUCAGGGCGCAAGCGUCCUCUGCAGAUUUAAUGAUCAGGAACAUUCUUCUGAUGCAUGCUGGGAGAUAUGGCUGCAGGGUACAGACCACAGCAGACAGUAUAUCAGAUGAGGCAGAACUUCUUGUGAGGGGUCCACCUGGGCCUCCAGGGAUUGUGAUUGUUGAGGAGAUCACGGAGACCACGGCAACACUUUCAUGGACACCGGGGGCGGACAACCACAGUCCUAUCACCUCCUACAAUCUUCAAGCACGGAGUCCAUUUUCACUUGGUUGGCAGACAGUGAAAACAGUUCCAGAAAACAUCAGCGGUGACAUGGAGUCUGCCAUGGCUGUCGAGCUGAACCCGUGGGUGGAAUAUGAAUUUAGAGUUGUUGCAACCAACAAAAUUGGGACUGGAGAUCCAAGCGCGCCCUCUAGAGUGAUCCGAACCAAGGAAGCAGUUCCAAAGACAGCUCCUGCUAAUGUAAGUGGCAGAAGUGGAAGAAGGCAUGAAUUAGUAAUAGCAUGGGAGCCAGUUUCUGAAGAGUUCCAGAAUGGAGAAAGCUUUGGGUACAUAGUAGCCUUCCGGCCCAACGGGACAAGAGGCUGGAAGGAAAAAAUGGUAACCUCUUCCGAUGCGUCCAAGUUCAUCUACAGAGACGAGAGUGUGCCUCCACUGACUCCAUUCGAAGUGAAAGUUGGCGCUUACAACAACAAAGGAGAUGGGCCAUUCAGUCCUAUCGUAGUCAUUUGCUCUGCAGAGGGAGAACCCAGCGCUGCUCCAACUGAUGUCCAGGCUACAGGAUUGUCUGUUUCGGAGAUUCUUGUUGCGUGGAGACAUAGCAAAGAAAGCCUGGGAAGACCUCAGGGAUUUGAGGUUGGUUACUGGAAAGAUAUGGAACAAGAGGAAGCGGCUGAAAAGACCAGGACAGAAGGAAAUGAGUCAUCCAUCAUUCUGACAGGGCUUGAAGGCAACACAUUAUACCACCUGAGAGUGAAGGCGUACAACUCAGCAGGGUAUGGACCACCCAGCAGCGCCGUCCGUGCCACCACCAAGAAAUCUCCUCCUAGCCAAGCGCCAAGCAACAUCAUGUGGAUACAAGAUGGCUCCCACGUUUCCUUGGGAUGGGAACCUGUUAAACCUUUAGCUAAUGAAUCAGAUGUCAUGGGAUACAAGGUCUUGUUUAGGCAGGAAGGUGACAGCAACAGUCAAGUCAUUGAAACACAGAAAACAUCUGCAGUGGUGCUUCUCCCUGAUGUCGGGGUCUAUAUCAUAGAGGUCCGCGCAGUCAGUGAAGGAGGGGAUGGGAUGCCGAGCUCUCAAAUCAGGGUACCAUCUUUUUCAGGUAAGGAAGUGAAACUACGCAACAGUGGCUGCUCUGUUCCACUUUUUGCACUUGACGGGCAAAACAAGGAAGUGCCGCUGACGAGGCGACUGCCCCACAGGAAGCAGCGCUGCAUUGGCAACUUUUGGCUAUACAGACAGCUCAACAGAGAAAAGGACAAGGACAAUAGUUCCAACGUUCUAGCCUACACCAGUUCUCCGGUCUCCACUCUGUUGGAUCAAAAAUAUAAUCCUGUGAAGUACACAUCCCAUGACUGCAUCAGUGGAAGGAAUUCUAACAUCCACUAA